AUGGGAGAUGUUCAACCCCCAACCAGCGCCAACGAGUAUCCUGUCGCGGACUCUCACCAAGGCCUGAACGCUGUAGGUGUCUCGUAUAUCCUCGACGAAAAGUCAAGAAUGGAGGCUCAAGGCGCGACGCUGCCCCAGCAUCACCAGCAACAGUACGGCCCCCCGCAGCAUGCCUUCUCCUCCCAACUCGACAUGGCACAGCAAGGCCAGGGCCGUCCUGGCGCCUUCAACAUGAACGGCAUGGCGAACGCGCUCCCCCACGCCCCCAUGAGGCAUGGACCCUAUGCGCCUGGCGGCCAGCCUCAGCAGCAGCAACAGCAGCAGCAGCAACGAUUCAGCCCCGCCACGUCUUCGCCGUCGAUGAUGCAGCAAAUGCCUCAGAUGGCUCCCCAGUUCCCCGGACAGGCCCCGAUGCAUAUGGGCAAUCCCCAUUACUACAUGCCUCAGCACCCUCAGAUGCAGCAUUACUAUGCCAGCCAACUUUCUCCGACGCAACAGCAGGCUCGUCCGAACAUGGGUUUCUACCCAAACCAAAUGAUCAUGAACCCGCAGGGUAGCCACAUGCCGCAGGGUUACUACUACCCUCCGUCAGGCCACUAUGCCCCUCACAACCAGGCGAUGCCGAAUCCGAUGAUCUCGUCCCAGUACAUGGCCGCAGCGAACGCCACACACAACGACCCGAGAAUCUUGCCGCAGCCUGUGAACGGCGUUGACCAGCAUAGUUCCCAGGGCAAGUCGGUCGAUGCUGGAGAGGGCAGAUCUGGCAUUGUCCGAGGACCACCGCGGAAACCGCGACAGAGCGGACACGCAAUCUGGAUAGGAAAUCUACCACCCCAAACCGAUCUGAUGAGCCUGGUUCAUCACGUUUGCAAGGAAGCGAACGGUCUCGAGUCUCUGUUCCUGAUCUCGAAGAGUAACUGCGCCUUCGCAAACUUCAGAGACGAGCAGACCUGCGUUACGGCUCAGCAGAAGCUGCACGAUUCGAAGUUCCAGUCCGUACGACUGGUCUCCCGUCUUCGCAAGAGCACAGUCGAAGGAGUCACGGGCAUGACUGCGCCUACUGGGCCGGCGGCAUCAUCGGGCUCGCAAACCCCGCACGAAGUCCCCGCGCAGCCGAUCGUUGCGGAGAGUAGCACGCCGGAGGCUUCAGCACCAGAGGCAACCGCGGUUGACUCAAAGCCGGUCACGCCAGCGGAAGCAGCUCCUCAGAAGGACAAGUUCUUCAUUCUGAAGAGUCUGACAGUGGAGGAUCUCGAGCUUAGUGUCAGGACUGGAAUCUGGGCGACUCAAUCUCACAAUGAGCAGUCUCUCAACGGUGCUUACGAGGCUGUCGAUAACGUUUACCUUGUAUUUUCUGCGAAUAAGUCGGGCGAGUACUUUGGCUACGCCAGGAUGACUUCUCCAAUCAACGAAGACCCCGCCGCCGCGAUCGAGUUUGCCCCGAAGGCACAAUCCGCGAACGAUAUCGAUCUCCCAAAGGCCAUCCCCACGGAAGCCACGGAAUACGCGCCCAAGGGCAGGAUCAUUGAUGACUCGGCCAGGGGGACGAUUUUCUGGGAGGCGGAGCGUGAAGAUGGGGAUAGCGGGGAUGAAGAGGAGGAGCAGAGCGACGUGAGCAGCAGGAAGAGUGGGAACCAGGAGGGCGAAGGUCCGGCGAAGGCCUGGGGGAAGCCUUUCAAGCUCGAGUGGUUGUCGACCGCACGACUACCGUUUUACCGGACUCGCGGGCUCCGGAACUCCUGGAAUUCGAACAGAGAAGUGAAGAUUGCACGGGAUGGUACGGAGUUGGAACCAUCUGUUGGUCGGAGGUUGAUCGGGCUCUUCAACCGCGUCCAGAGCCCCCCGAACCCUGGAGCAGUGCCAGCUGCUAUGCGACCCGGAAUGGCCAUGAUUGCAGGAUAUCCCCCUAUGAGGUCUCAGUUCCAGCAGUGA